CAGCACUCCUCUGAAGAACAUCCCACACACUCACCAACAACAAUGGCAAUCCGUUGCCUGUUUUGGUAACACAUUUCCUAUAGGAGCACCAAGGGUUUGAAGCUGUGUUCAUUCCUGAUAUACCUCCCUAAAUUGCCGCGCUAAUUCUAAGUACCUGUGUGUUCGUUUGUGACUACAUUUUCGCUGUAUUUUUUUUUUUUUUUUUCCAUACCGAAAAUGUGCAAGGCGCUCACACGGGCUGUGCAUGUGUGUCCCUGCUGCUUUUCUGCUGGGCUACUGCUGCUAACCUAGCUGCUUCUUUUUUUUUUUACACGGUGGUUAGCCUCCGUUAGCCCCGGCCGCGUUUACUAACUGGUAAAAGAAACUAAAGAUACAGACGAAUGUAAAGCUUGUUCGCGCUGUUUGGUUGACUAAAAACAGCACCAAACUAAUCGCCCGUUGUCGCUCUCGGGUAAGGAAAUAAGUGUUGUAUGAUUUGUCGUGGAAGACACUUUGCUGGCUAGCUAAUAGGCUAGCUGUUUGAUUGUGUUCGUCGACCGAGGAAAACGGCGAGUUUUCUUUGAGAGUAUGGAUGAUCAGACCAGGAUGCUGACGGGUCUCACCGGACUCGGUGGACUACCGCAGCCCGAUGUCGGUGAUCCGGACUCGGUCCGGAAACAACAGUCCCUCGGUCAGCCGCAGCAAGACAUUGGGGAUAUUCUACAGCAAAUAAUGGCCAUCACCGACGAAAGCCUGGACGAAGCACAGGCCAGAUCCUGGCCAGAGGAAUCGCCAGCGCAUUGGGGUGGAUCAGACGACCCCACAGAGGGAGGGAGAGCAGGGGGGGGCAUGGCAGGGGGUGGACUGCCACUCAACUUCCAGCACAGGAAGCAUGCCCUGAACUGUCACAGAAUGAAACCAGCACUCUUCAGCGUUCUUUGUGAGAUCAAAGAAAAGACAGUCCUGAGUAUACGAGGUGUGCAGGAAGAAGACCCUCCAGACCCCCAAAUUAUGAGGUUGGACAACAUGUUGCUUGCAGAGGGAGUUUCAGGCCCAGAGAAAGGCGGAGGAUCGGCUGCAGCAGCCGCAGCUGCAGCCGCAGCAGGGGGCUCACCUACCGACAGCAGCAUUGAACACUCCGACUACAGAGCCAAACUUGCCCAAAUCCGUCAGAUAUAUCAUUCAGAGCUGGAGAAAUAUGAACAGGCCUGCAGCGAGUUCACCAACCAUGUAAUGAACCUGCUGAGGGAGCAGUCUCGCACACGGCCCAUCUCUCCCAAGGAGAUUGAACGCAUGGUGGCCAUAAUCCACCGUAAAUUUAGCUCCAUUCAGAUGCAGCUCAAACAGAGCACCUGUGAGGCGGUUAUGAUUUUACGCUCACGCUUCCUCGAUGCCAGACGUAAGAGGCGCAACUUCAACAAGCAAGCAACAGAAGUGCUGAACGAGUAUUUCUACUCCCACUUGUCUAACCCCUACCCUAGUGAGGAAGCAAAGGAGGAACUGGCCAAAAAGUGUGGGAUAACUGUGUCUCAGGUGUCUAAUUGGUUUGGCAACAAGAGAAUACGCUAUAAGAAGAACAUCGGUAAGUUCCAAGAAGAAGCGAACCUGUACGCAGUUAAAACGGCGGUGGAUGCUGCAAAUGUGUCAGCGCAAGCCAGUCAGGCCAACUCUCCAGCAACACCCAACUCAGGUGGAUACCCUGCACCGUGCUACACACCUGACGGGCGGCUAUGAGGAGUUGUCAAGUAGUGGCCUCUUUACCCCUCAUCGCCUGGAUGCUAACAGCUGGCAGGACACCACCAACCCGCCCUCGGUAACCUCCCCUCCUGGUCCACCUGGCAGCGUCCACUCCGACACCUCCAACUGAUGUGGCGGCUUUCUCUGCUGCCUUCUCAUUCCUACUGUGGUCUGAAUCUUUUUUUUAAACCAUUACUUUCCUGUUCACAGGCCACAUAAAUUUGUAUACACAUUUCAUUCACACACGUUGUUCUGGACCACAGGACAGCUGUACAUCAGUUGGGAGGAAAUUCUCCUUUCACCUUCAUUCCAAUUCUCUACUCUUUAAAAGUUAAAAGAGGAAUGGAGCUCAGAGACAUUAAGAAAACAUCCUUAUUGUCAAGGACUUUGAGAAACACAUCCAGCUGUGUAGAUUAUCAUGAUGUCUGUACAUUAUGUGUAUAUGCACGUUAACUUUACACAGUACUCCCACGGCUUGUUCAUGUGCUGUUUUAACCUUUACACUCAACUCUUUGCUUUGGGAAACUGUGUGUAAUUGCCCGUAUCUGCUGAAGCCUUGGCAUUUGACAGCCAAACUGUGGUUACGGACCACCAGGGAGCUCUGCUCACCUUGCUUGUACCAAAGUGCUGCCCCAGUGUUCCUCUGAGAUUACCCUCUGCCUACUUAACACAAUACACUGUUGCAUCAGUGUGUCCUUCCGUUAGGAUUUUAAAAAGAGCAACCGAUGUUCGCACAAAUGUGCGAGCAGUUAUCCCCAAAAGUAACAACUAUUUUUCAUUGUGAGCUGACGAAAAAAGAUGUGUCAAGCACAAAUGUUAGCAUCCUUGUUAUGGAUUUCUAUCUUUCGAGGAAGAUGGCGAAGGGGAUCACUGCUCAAAAACAGGCAGGAUAAAAGACGGUAGGGCUGGUGUGAAGAGAAAAGGUCAGAGAAGGGAAAAUCUCUUUGGUUGAGCGUAUGUAACCGAUAGCUCUUUCCAUUGCUAAUCAAUAGGGGGUGUUGGUAGAAGGCUUGUAGACUUUUCUUCUUUCUUUCUGUCCACUAGUUUGAUUGUAGUUUUAUUAUCUAAUGCUGUUUCACCAAGAAUGCACCAGCCACCACCAAAAACGAGCUCAAUAUGACAUCUUUAUGACAAAAAGGGUGGAAAGAUCGUGAGGCAUCGAUGUAUUACUGGAACAAAUGUGACAUGAACUUUAGAAAUGUGACUGUCUUCCAUGCAUGUAGGACUUCUAUGUGUUAUACUGUUUUCUUUUCCUUUUUUAGUUUCAUUUGUAUUAACAAAAAAAGUUAAAUAAGAGGUAAAAAAAACUAUUACAGUCAGACCAAAACCAAAAAAAAAAAAAAAGUGCAUCACAUGUUGAUGUCUGUGUGGACGUAAAAGGUUCCUGGGAUAUCCCAGCCAAUGGGCUGCUGCUCCUUUGAACUUUAGCAUUAUGUAGACUGGGUGCUUCCACCUGCUAAUGACACACAAGACGGGGGUUCAACUUAGAUUUUCAUCCCCGUCUUGAAACAUUUAAGCUUGUGAGCCUGAGGCAACAUGUUUAACAACCUAUUGUUGUACCAAAACCAAAUAUACAAAGUUCAGAAAUGUAAUAAUGUUUUUUUGUUGUUUUUUUUUUUUUUUAUAUUGGUGCGCAGUCGCCUUUUACAUCUGAGGAGGGAAUUCUGUUUGUACGUGUGUCUUCUUGGUGUCGUUGUGCCUCAAGUUGGUUUCUCUUUUGGACGCUUUUUCGUUUUUUCAAUGGGGCUUCAUAAAUGAUGGAUGGAGCGAACGCCGUAAUAACACCUGUAUUUUUGUUAUGAGCAUGAAAGCAAGUGCUCUGCCCUGUCUCUUUAUUUGUCUCAUGGCCAAUUGGGCAAGGGCUUUUCUCUCUCCUCUGUUACCAAAAAAAGAGGCAGCACUGGGUGUAGUGAAACUCUUUAUCUAGGACAAGCCUGCAUCAUUUUGGUGAUUUUCCAUUCUCGAAACCGUUUUAUACAAUAAAACCUCUGUGAAUAACGAAGCAUUUUGAUAGUAAGGGAAAGCCUUAAGAGUGUUGAAACAUGUUACAGAACAAAACCUGAGCUUUAAAAUCGCUCAGGUUUAAUCCCAUAUUUCCUGUUUUUCCUGUUACUCACAGCAGCUUGUUGUGGCUGCGUCCUGAGUAAAGGCGCCGCCGCACCAAAUUAUCACGCACCCCUCCUUUUUGUUUUCUACUUGUUGUAAUGGAUGUCACUGUACAGUUUGUGUAAUGUUUCACUACAUUUUCUUUUUUUCUUUUAUAAACUUUGUUCGGUUGAUAUCUACCGUUUCACAGGCUUCAUGAUAACUCUGUAUUGACUUUGAAUAAUCUUUAGUUUUUUUUUUGUUACAUAACCAAGUUGCAGUGUAGGAUGAACAAAUGUAAUGUGGUGCUGUGGGACUAUUGUUUUUUUUUUCUCCUGUUUGGACCUUAAAAAUCCCUUUUUAAUUAAUCGGAUUAUAAUUUUCCCCUUUGUUGCCUCAGUGAUGAUUUGUCACUGUGGAGUUUUAUUACAGCAGGAACAUCAAUGCCUAAAUACUUGAUGUCAAUAUAUAAACGUUGUGCACUCAUGCAUUUUGCAGCAGAGAUUUAACCUCUAAAAAUUAUCUUGUGGUAAACUAACAUUUUAAAACAUUUGGUUUAGUUCCACAGCACCAAAUGUCUUUGUAAACCUUCAUUUGUUUUUAUUAGUAUAUUUGUAUCUCCCUCUUUCCCUUGUAUUUACCCCUCUCUCUACCUCUGUCUUUCCAUUUCUCUUGUAUAUAACCCCACUGUUUUCAGACCUGUGAGUCUGUAUGAACUCCUUUUAUACCUCAACUUUAGAAUUGAUCUAGAAAGAGUAAAAACAAAAACGGAAGAAUAUGACAAAAUUGUAGUGUUCUUAUUAGAAAAAUUAAUAAAACAAUUUAGUGUGCUUUUUUUUUUCUUCAGUAUUUCAUUUUAGAAGUGUUUCAUUUUCUAAGUUGUCACAAAUGCUCUUGUGAUAGUCUAAUGUAAUAAAAGGAGAGAUUGCACCAUC